AUGACGCUAUUCAAGUUGACAUUGUGGGCCCUGUUGCUGGAGCUUGUGAAAGCCCAUGGGUCUCAAGACGGUCUUACUGUUCAAACGUCAACCGGGAUAUACACUGGACUGAUCGACCCUGAUAACAACAACGUCAAGACUUUCCAAGGCAUUCCCUUCGCAGAAGCUCCGGUGGGAAAACUCAGAUGGAAGCCACCCGUCAAGCUCCGCGCGUCGCGGCAACACCACUACGUACAUAGGCUCCCAGCAAACUGUCCUCAGUAUCUUCUCAAGACACGUUCGCUAUGGAAUACCAAUCUCUCGGAAUAUGGCAUUGAAACUUAUGGUCAGCCUAGGUAUGCUGGAACUGUUGCUCAAACGAGCGACGAAGAUUGCUUAGGUCUGGCGAUAUGGGCCCCUAUCGGCGUGGCUCCUGAUGCCAAGCUGCCAGUCGCUUUUUUCAUUCAUGGGGGAGCUUUCGUCCAGGGUGGAGUUGAUUCAGCAUACCUGAAUCCGUCUAACUGGGUCAGCCGCAGCCAGAAGCACAUAGUUGUCUCUGUGAACUACAGAGUCAACAUCUUCGGGUUCCCGAAUGCGGCAGGCUUAGACGACCAGAACGUCGGCUUUCUUGACACUCGUAUGGCGUUGGAAUGGGCUUAUGAGAACAUCGAAGCAUUUGGGGGAGACCGCAACCGUAUCAUGCUUUGGGGCCAAUCGGCAGGAGCAGUGGCCUCUGAUAUCAUAGGCUUUGCCUUUUGGGAUGACCCCCUGGCCUCCAGCCUAUUUCUUCAGUCGGGCAAUGCGGUUAGAGAUUUUAGUCGAGGCGACAAUGCACUGCAAACGAACUUCACGUUCGUGGCGAAGAAUCUGGGGUGCGACUUUCCAACGGAUCCCGUAGCCGAGGUGGAGUGCAUGCAGGGUGUUCCGGCGAACCUGAUCACGAACUUCGUUGGCCAGUACGGUGACAAUGACACGGAGCCUGGACUGUUCUUCCGGCCGACAGUGGAUGAAAAGGUGAUUUUCGCCAACUAUACGGAAAGGGCAAAAUCAGGUUUCAUACCAAAGAUCCCAGCCCUGAUAAGCACCACUGCGAAUGAGCAGGCCAGCUUUGCAUAUCCAGUCAACAACCUCAUUGCAGGCCCGGCAAACAGGACAGCACUGGAUGCCCUGACCUUGAGUUCGUUUGUCUGUCCAGCUUUUGCCUCCAGGAAUGUGCGGGCCCUCAAUCACUUGACGACGUACCGGUACCAGUAUGCCGGCAACUUCACCAACAUCUCGCCAUACAGGUGGCUAGGGGCCUACCAUGCUGCCGACCUUCCUCCAAUCAUGGGCACAUACGAUCGACAUGGAGGUUCGACGGAGUUGGAGGUCCAGUUAUCGGAGAGGAUGCAGGACUAUGUGCUGGCUUUUAUCACCGACCCUCAGAAUGGACUGAGCAACCUUGGUUGGGCUCCAGACGAUGGCCUGAGCGACGGAACUCUGAAGCGAUUCGGGGCUGACAACCUCGUGGAACAGACUGUCAGGUCUGCCGAAGUCGAUGACCCAUGCCUCGGGGUCGGCGUAUAUCAGUCAGUUUUUGCCUAG